AUGUACAAUUCUAAGCAAGCAAAAAAUUUUGGAAAUCAAGCUCUUAAAUUAUUAAAAUCUGUAUUGCAAAAUUAUUAUUCAAAAGAGGAUUGUGUUAGUAUGAAAGCUAUAGAUUAUUUUGUUAAUAGUUAUACAGCUUUGAAUAAAACUAAAGUUUUACAAAAAGAAGCUAAUAUAAAAAUUAUACAAGUAAAUCUUAAUUACUUAGAAGUUGAAAAAGAUUCUAUGAAUGCAGGAUUUAGAUUUGAACAAGAAAUAAUUAACAUAGCAAAAAUUGGUGUACAAUGUAGUAUUAAAGAUCCUCUUAAUUAUAUUAUUUUAUAUUUAGAACAAAGUAAUAUUUUAAAGUGUACUGAUCCGGUUAUUCAUUUGCAGAUUUCAAGUGACGGUUAA